AUGCAACUCCUUUCGCUUCUUGCCCUCGGUGCGGGCACCCUGGUCAACGCCCUCUCCAUCGACCCUCAUCACCAACAACAAGUUGCACUUGAAGCCUCAGAGCCACUGGUGGAUGAUAUCUAUCUGAUCGAACUGAACCCGGGAAAAGUGAGAUGGGUGUCAGAGGAGGAGAAAUGGGAGAUCCUGCUAACUCGGGAACAGAACGGCGUCAACUUCAUGGACAUCACGGAGAAUGGCCACACCUAUCCAUAUGUCGUAACCUCGCAAUCCGCAUCCACUGCCGUCAAAUACCCUGUGAAAGCCGAGUACAAUGAGACAGUGAAGUCACUCGCAAAGGGUCUGGACAAGGACAACAUGCGGAAGCACCUGGAAGGACUCACAUCGUUCCACACUCGAUACUAUAAGAGCCAGUAUGGUAUCGACGCAGCCACGUGGCUGUACGAGCAGAUCGACGGUGUCAUAUCAGCAUCUGGGGCGUUUGACCACGGUGCCAGCCUGGAAAAGUUCUCGCAUCCAUGGGGUCAGUUCAGCAUCAUUGCACGCUUCCCGGGAAAGACCAACCAUACCGUGGUGAUUGGGGCGCACCUGGACAGCAUCAACCUCUUCCUACCAUCGAUCCUUGCAGCACCUGGGGCGGACGAUGAUGGGAGCGGGACCGUGACCAUCCUAGAGGCUCUCACGGCGCUCCUUCAGUCCAAGGACAUUGUCCGCGGUCAGGCGGAGAAUACGGUCGAGUUCCACUGGUACUCGGCGGAGGAAGGUGGGCUUUUGGGCAGUCAGGCCAUCUUCAAAUCCUACCAUGAGAAUGAGAAGGACGUCAAAGCAAUGAUUCAACAAGACAUGACCGGCUAUGUCGAGCAGACACUCGCCCACGGGAAACCCGAGUCGGUUGGCGUGAUCACCGACUUUGUCAACCCAGACCUGACGGAAUUCAUCAAGAAGAUCAUUACGGCAUAUUGCGAUAUCCCAUAUACCCUGACCAAGUGCGGUUAUGCCUGUUCGGACCAUGCAUCGGCGAGCAAGUAUGGGUAUCCGUCGGCCUUUGUGAUCGAGUCGGACUUUGAGUAUUCGGACAAGAAGAUCCACAGCACGGACGACCUGAUCAAAUAUUUGAGCUUUGAUCAUAUGUUGCAACAUGCGAAGAUGACCUUGGGGUUUGCAUACGAGGCUGCAUUUGCCAAGUUCUAG